AUGAUAACGGUACUACUAUCACUUCUCCCUCUGAUAAGGGCAGAAACGACAACUCCAAAUACAGGCGAUCAGAUCCAAUCCUUCUUAUUUGGAUUCACGAAUUCUCAUCUAGUCAUACCGAUCACAUCAUCUUGUCCAACACCACUCACUCUGACUCCAUUAACACCUACAAAUGCAAAGACAUCAGAUCCAAAAGCGCCUUACACGAUGGUGACAUUAGUCCACGAGCAAUUGAUAGAUGGGAAUGGCAUUCAAUACGAAAGAUUGUAUAGUGCAAGUCUUGAUGUGGGCGAUAUGAGUAAAGAAAGAAGUAUAAGUCAUCCAUGGAUGAAUGGAACUCAGUUUAUAGCUUGUAUCUGGGGAUCAAAUGGGGCUUCGGGGGGAUGUCAAGACUUGAUGACAGUGGUCCCAUCUGAAGAGACAUUUGAAGCUUAUUCGACGCCCAAUUCAACUUGUAGAACAGCCAACGUUCUUGAAUCAUGGGUACCACCGGCGAACGAGACAUUGGAAGUCGAAGUGAUGGGAUCUAGUGGGGAAGUAUCAUGGAAUGCUUGGCCUGGAGUAUGUACUGAUCUUCAAAUCAAUCCCAAAAACGGUACACCGCCAUAUACAUUACUAGUUGCACCAGCAGCCCAUCCUCCAGUAAAUAUCACCUCAUCAACAUUACCGAUCAAUUAUACAGUUCGAUUAACACACGGUCAAGCUUUCAUGUUGAGUUUAUACGAUUCUUCAGGAAAUAGUUGGGCUUUUGGUCCUUUACAUGCUGGUGAUAAUGACGAUCUAUCAUGUUUGGCAGUUGCAACUGGUCAAAAAAUCAAAAAUCACCAAAAUUUUGGUGUAGGUCUUUUGGCUGGAACCGUUUCUGGUUCUUUCAUAAUAGGUGCUUUAGGUGCUGCUGUCCUGAUGUGGUUCCUAUUUAGAGGAAAGAAGGGCUUGAAAAGGAGCUCCUCCCAAGAUAACCUUUACUCCGACCCGCGUCCAGCAUCAUACGCAACCCCUGCCCACUCAUUCAUGGGUAAACCACUCAGUCCGACGGUAACACCGUAUACCGACUCACCUCAAUUAGAUUUCGAUACACCUGCAACAUUGUAUGAUCCACAUGUGCCAGGUCCUAGUCCACAGGGAUACCCAAAACCACCCAACGAUUCAAACGGGAACUCCUUUUCUGUUUCUUCUAGGGAAAGGGCAUUCCCCAGACCACCUAUAUUGGCAGAAGGAAGUUUUAGUGGUGGGGAAUAUAGGGAUACUAUAUCAUUGAACGAAUAUAAUACUAGACCGCAAGGUGAAAGAAGAGAGAGUUCAGCUUCAGCACAACAAGGUCAAGCGCAAGGCCAAGGCUCACCUGGACAUUCACCUGGACGUCCAACCGGUCACACACAAGAUCAAUCACGGACAUCAACAACAUCCAAUCGAACAUCAAGAAGACCAGCAAGUAAUUCAUUGUCAAACGCCAAUCCAGUCCCCGUAAAUAUAAAUACGAAUCCGCCAUCAGUGUCGUCAUCGCCCAGACCAGGAUCUUUCGGUACGAACUCAAUACAUCAUGAAGAACCUUCAUCACCUUCUUCCAUCCGCGGUAAUGGUAUCAGUGGACCAAGGAAUGUUUAUGUCGUACAUUCCGAUGCUGGCGGAACGGGUGAUGUCCACAUCCAAUUACCCGAUAAUAAUUCAAGGGUGAUCGAGUUACCACCUAAUUAUCGUCCAGUACCAUCACCUUCCAAUGAUACUCAUCAUCAGCAUUCCCCACAACCUUCUCCUGGUUUACCACAAGCUGGAAAUGGACCGUAUACCAACACGGAAGCUAGCCGUUCCAGAAAUAGUGGACUUGGUAUGAAUGUCGUAGGGGGAGGAAACGAAGUCACUGAAGAGGAAUUGAGAGCUAGAGCACAAGCUAGAUUGAGAGAGAAGUUCAGGGAUUCACAGUAA